UGAUCGUAACAGAAUCGAGUUCUGUUCCGUCCACGUGAAACCAGUCGUAAAUUUACAGUAGUUGUUUCCAUUGUCAAAAAGUUUUGUUGCGUGCAUCGUAGCUGCGCGCGUGGUCGAUCGAGGAAGAAGACUUUUGUGCCUUCCACGCCGGGCACCGCCACUCUAUCAUGAUCAAAUUAUUCUCAUUAAAACAGGCGAAAAAGGAUGGCGAGUCGCCGAAAGCUGGCACCCAAAAGAAGGCAUCUGCAGCACAACUGAGAAUCACAAAAGAUAUAAAUGAACUUAAUCUUCCAAAAACAUGUGGGACGGAGUUUCCUGAUCCAGAUGACCUUCUCAGCUUUAAGCUAAUUAUUUGUCCAGAUGAGGGAUUUUAUAGAGGUGGCAGAUUUGUCUUCAGCUUUAAAGUUGGACCAAAUUAUCCACAUGAGCCGCCUAAAGUAAAAUGUGAAACACAAGUUUAUCAUCCUAAUAUUGACUUGGAUGGCAAUGUGUGUCUAAAUAUUUUAAGAGAAGAUUGGAAACCAGUCCUUACAAUUAAUUCUAUUGUCUAUGGAUUACAAUAUCUUUUCUUGGAACCAAAUCCAGAAGAUCCAUUGAAUAAAGAUGCUGCGGAGGUCCUGCAAAAUAAUAGGAGAGCGUUUGAGCAGAAUGUAGCAAAAGCAAUGAGAGGUGGUUAUGUUGGCGCGUUUUAUUUCGAACGGUGUCUCAAGUGACAUUAACGUUCACUUUAUCCGAGGACACAUUGAGAAAAGAGAUCGAGAGUAGAACUCCUUCAUGCUCUAAACGUGUUCCUCUCAUCCAUCUCAUUCGUUUUAACGGGCCUCUUUGCGUCUUCAUGAGUGCUUCGUACCUUUGGUCAAUAAACCAUCGGUAAAAAAUACCACCGAUGUGCUGUUUUCUCGGA